AUGCCCGCGGAUACUGUAGGAAAGACCAUUACGUGCAAGGCGGCUGUUGCAUGGGAGGCUGGCAAGGACCUGUCCAUCGAGGACAUCGAGGUUGCCGCGCCCAAGGCGGGCGAGGUCCGCAUUGAGAUCUACUACACCGGCGUCUGCCAUACAGAUGCAUACACACUGUCCGGCAAGGAUCCCGAGGGUGCUUUCCCUAUCGUUCUUGGUCAUGAGGGCGCCGGUAUCGUUGAAUCCGUCGGCGAGGGCGUCACCAACGUGAAGCCCGGCGACCACGUUGUCGCACUCUACACACCAGAAUGCAAGGAAUGCAAGUUCUGCAAGUCUGGCAAGACCAAUCUCUGCGGCAAAAUCCGCGCUACGCAAGGAAAGGGUGUUAUGCCUGACGGCACCUCGCGCUUCAAGUGCAAGGGCAAAGAUCUCCUCCACUUCAUGGGCACCUCCACCUUCUCGCAGUACACCGUUGUUGCUGAUAUCUCCGUUGUCGCCAUCACCGAGAAGGCACCCAUGGACCGCACAUGUCUACUCGGCUGCGGUAUCACAACCGGUUACGGCGCCGCAGUCAUCACCGCUGGAAAGGGCGGUGUCGAGAGGGGAUCCAACAUCGCUGUGUUCGGUGCAGGCUGUGUCGGUCUAUCCGUCAUUCAGGGAGCCGUGAAGAAUGGCGCCGGCAAAAUCAUCGUUGUUGAUGUCAACGACAGCAAGGAAGAGUGGAGCAAGAAGUUCGGUGCGACAGAUUUCGUCAACCCGACGAAGUUGAGCGGACAGAGCAUCCAAGAGAAGCUGAUCGAGAUGACCGACGGAGGCUGCGACUACACAUUCGACUGCACUGGAAACGUCAACGUCAUGAGGGCAGCACUCGAGGCGUGCCACAAGGGCUGGGGCGAGAGCAUCAUCAUUGGUGUUGCGGCUGCUGGGCAGGAGAUUUCUACACGACCUUUCCAGCUUGUUACCGGCCGUGUCUGGAAAGGCUGCGCUUUCGGCGGCGUAAAGGGUCGCACCCAGCUCCCAGGCCUCGUCUCCGAUUACAUGAACGGCGACCUCAAGGUCGACGAGUUCAUCACCCACCGCCAACCGCUGGACAAGAUCAACCAGGCAUUCAGCGACAUGAAGGCGGGCGACUGCAUUCGAUGUGUUGUUAACAUGCGGAAGGCGUAA